AUGUCGCAGCAAUUCCCUCCAACGACGUCCGAACGGGACUCCAACAACACUCCAGCGUUUGGAGCAUACCACAACGACGACGAUCAGGACUUUGUGUCUGCCUCCCAGCGCUUGAUCACUCAAGACCAGAACCAAUACAACAAUGACGGGUGCGCCACGUUCUUCGUGCCCUUCCAUCAGCCAGUCGCCGGUCACAGCUACGCCUCCUUUCCCCAGCAAGUUGCACGGGCCAAUGAAAUUCUUCCACAUGCGCAGGCAGAGCAGCACGCUGGACCUCACUACCCCUGUCAAGACAAUUCCUGGGACCCUGCCGCCUUCGAUGCCUACCACACUGGAGGAUUGCAGCAUCACGGGACUCGCACUCAUGGUUCAGCUGCCUUCCCAACCACACUGAACACACUCAUCGAUUACAACUCGAACAACCCAAAACAGGCACCUGGUGGAGGAUUGCACCCCGAAACUGGCUUCUACAACACCUCGUUGAACCGUCUAGAUAUUGGAAAUAACUUGGGACUUGCCCCACAGCUGCUUUGGCCAGACCCCUUGAGCAACACUUACGGCUAUGAUCAGCCAAUCAUGCCUACCACGGACUGGACCCAGCCUAUUUCGGCCUUCCAGCCCAAUCCAGCGCCAGCAGUUUUGACUGUUCCAGUCCCACCCACCACCGACGCAGCCAGCAUUCGCUGCCCCGAAGGCUGCCCUGAGACCUUCGGUCGCAACGAAGAAAUGCGGCGCCACAUGAAGAAGCAUGGAACGCCUCGCUUCAAGUGCCCCAUCUACGAUUGCCCCAUGACAUUCUACCGCAAGGACAAGCUACAGGACCACGCCAAGAAGGGCCACGGUAGCCGCGCAUCCCUGAACAUCCGUUAG